GGGCAGACAAGCUGUUGUUUUAACAGAAACGCACAACCAUGCACGGUGGAGGAGUGGACACCGACAAGCACAACGGAGCUGAUUCGGCCUCGUUGCGUGAGAAGGUUAAGUUGCGAAGGGGAGAAAAAUGGCGUAUCCUGAAAAACAUCAUAAUGGUGUCUGUAGCGUUUAUGGUGCAGUUUACUGCAUUCCAGGGCACGGCAAACCUGCAAUCCUCGAUCAAUGCAAAAGAAGGCUUAGGUACGGUGUCACUUAGUGCCAUUUAUGCGGCACUUGUUGUGUCCUGCAUAUUUCUGCCGACACUCGUGAUUCGCAAGCUCACGGUGAAAUGGACACUGUGCGUCAGCAUGCUCUGCUACGCACCGUACAUUGCUUCCCAGUUCUAUCCCAAGUUCUACACGCUUAUACCGGCCGGCAUACUGCUUGGUUUGGGUGCCGCACCCAUGUGGGCUAGUAAGGCAACAUACCUGACGCAACUUGGGCAGGUGUACGCCAAGCUGACAGACCAGCCGGUUGAAGCGAUUAUUGUGCGGUUCUUUGGAUUCUUCUUUCUCGCCUGGCAAACGGCUGAGCUGUGGGGCAAUCUGAUUUCCAGCCUGGUACUGUCCAGUGGUGCGCAUGGUGCUGCAGCGACUGUCGAUGGAAGCGAUAAUGGUACCAGCGCCCACAAUGGUCCCAAUCUUGAUAGCUGCGGUGCCAAUUUCUGUGUCGUCGAAACGUCCGACAACGCUAACCUUCAGCGGCCGCCAGAUUCGGAAAUUUUUGAAAUUUCCGCCAUUUACUUGUCCUGUAUUAUUGCUGCAGUAAUUAUCGUCGCUGUGUUCUUAGACCCGCUGUCCAGGUACGGUGAGCGAAGGCGUGGCUCUAUCUCGGCAACGGAAAUAUCUGGUAUGCAACUGCUGUCGGCCACGUUCAAGCAGUUGAAAAAGGCCAACCAGCAGCUGCUCAUUCUUAUUACCGUUUUCAUCGGUAUGGAGCAGGCGUUUAUUGGGGCAGACUUCACGCAGGCCUACGUAUCAUGCGCGCUCGGCAUCCAUCAGAUCGGAUAUGUGAUGAUCUGUUUCGGUGUGGUAAAUGCAAUAUGCUCCAUCAUCUUUGGCUCUGCUAUGAAGUACAUUGGCCGUGUUGUUAUCAUCAUCUUAGGAGCGAUUGUUCACGGAGGAUGUAUUAUCUAUCUGUUGUACUGGCGACCACACCCGGAUCAUCAGAUAGUAUUCUUCAUACUUUCCGGCUUAUGGGGAAUCGGCGAUGCAGUAUGGCAGACACAGAUUAAUGGUCUUUACGGUGCCUUGUUCCGUCGCAAUAAGGAGGCUGCAUUCUCAAACUAUCGUCUAUGGGAGUCGGUCGGAUUCGUCAUCGCUUACGCAUAUUCUACGAAUCUCUGCGCACGCAUGAAGCUGUAUCUGUUGUUCGGUGUUUUGGUGUGUGGUAUGGUAGGCUACACGAUUGUCGAGAUACGUCAGCUGAAGAAGGAGAAACGAUUGAAGGAGCUCGAAGAAAUUCCCAAACAACAGCAAACGGACGCCGACCGGAAAGCCAUCGAGGAUGACGACGAAAAGGAUGAGCUGGAAGAGGAUAUCGUUGUAACACAUCUCUGAUGCUGCUACGACCUGUAUUUUUCCAGCAUUUGUU